AAAAACUUUUCUACACCUUGCAUACGAAUCUAAACCGAUUUGUCAGGGCUUUCCUUACCGUUUUUCAACACUUAUUUCAAAUGCAGCUGAAUAAAGCCCCAUUCAAAGUCCUUUGGCAAAAAUUGGUGCCUAUCUUUAGCCUUAAUAUGAUUCAUAUGCAAACAAUUCGUGGAAUCGGCCAGGGCCAGCACCGUGCUGGUGGUCCCUUUGGGCCAGGUCCAAAGACAGAUGCAGAUGCAGUGCAGCGAUAGAAACACAGGAGUCAAUUUGGACUCUGGCCAGGUCUUUCAACCGCAUUGAGGCUUGAGUUUUGUUUUUGGCUUUUAUGCAAUAUGAAGCGCCAAAGUAUGGGCCAAGUGUUGGCCCGCGGCUUUAGCCAGAAGCGGAUCGUUUAACCUUCUGCUUUGAGUUGUUUUUUGUUUUCUGUCUUUUUGCUGACUGGCGCCAGCUUAAGCCCCCUUCCAGCUGACCCUGCGCUUGUCAUGAGUCAUUUUUGGCUAAAAAGUGUUUGGCAAUUGGAUUCGGAUUCGCAACGUAUCAAUUUGCAAUUGAAUUUUCGCAGUUGCCCCCACUUCUAUUUCGUGUCGCACUCAGCACGUGCCCUUAACCCUUUGGGGCGCGGCAUGGAGCCCAACUCAGAAGUGGGAGCUGAUGUGGAGGAGUCGCCGCCGGCUCAGGCCACGCAAAUCACCUCAAUCGAUGGUUUCUUCAAUCGCAAACGCGGCAGACCGCCAAAGAAUCGCUUCGUGGAAGUCUAUAAGAGCGCUCAGCUUUCGCCACAAGCCAUUUUCACCAGUUUCAAGCUGGAGAAAAAUGAUCAGGCCACGGCCUGCGGCCUGGCAACAUCCACUUCCGAUGUCGCCGAGGAGCGUCUCGCUACCCUGCGAGCUGUUGAACCGAGUGCCACAGAUCUCACACCUAGUCGCAGCAGCAGCAGGAAGAGAGCACGCGCCUGGACUGUGGACCCGCACAGGAGUCUGGCGAGUGUGCGCAGCCCGAGUCCGGGCAUUGAAAAGACGACAAACACUUUGACGAGGGAUCUGCCCGAGAGAAGCUCCCCAGUUCAGUUAAUGUUCAGCGCGCCCGGCACACAGACACCUGCAUCCAGCAAGCGCCAGGAGCGAGUUUCCGUUGUGCGCGCAGCGGGCACCUUCUAUCCGGAGAACGCAAGCUCAGCCCAAACGGCAGAUACCACGCCCACCACGUACUGCCCGCCAGGCAGCACAGACUGCAGCACGGAGCAGCCGGAAGAUCUGAGCAUGCGCGCCACCCAAGCGACGGCGGCAAGUGAGGCACGCGCGGAGCCGGAGACGGGUCUCAAGCUGCAAAUGCAGUUUAAGCAGCUGCUGGAUUUAUACCAGCGCCAGGUGCUGCUGCCCAGUUUUCUGGCCGCGGCCAGCCAGCCAGCCGGGCUGGACAUGCGUCUGCUGCUGGAGAAUGCCGCACAGCAGAAGAUGCUGCUGAUCAAUGCGGCGGCAGCGGGCGCUGUCGCUGCUGCAGCAGCCGCCGCCGCGGCGGCAACAGCCGGAGCGCCAGGCAUAAGCCCAGCGGAGGAGUCUGCGCCCGCGCCCGCGCCCAAUCCGACUCCUACGGCUGGUCGGCAAGCGGUUGGCAAGCGGGCGCGGGAACAGGACAUACCCACGGGCUACCUCAAGUUCCGGUUCAACGAGGACUGCGGCUUCGAGCGCUGCGGCUAUCGGAAUCAUCAGUCGCAUUUCCACUGCAAUCGGCGGGAUUGCCACUACAGUUUCUGCGACAAGACGCGCUUCGUGCAGCACACGGCGCGCCAUGAGCGCAUGGACACCCUCAUGGGCGAUGAUUUUCGCCAAUAUCGCGCCAACAUGCGCUGCGGCGUGCCUGACUGUUCUUAUGCCACGCCCACAAGCACGGCCACACCCACGUCGGCAUCGACGACAGAGAAGAGCCUGGGCGUCUUGGGCGGCGCCGCUCCAAAGAAAUCGUCGCAUUUCCAUUGCCGUAAAUGCGAUUACGUGUGCACCGACUCCAACAAGGUGGUGGCCCAUCGUCGCCUGCACCUGCGGCUGGAGUACGUGCGUUCGGCUGGCUUUCGCAAGUUCGCCAGCAACGAGUCCUGCGAGUCGACCGCCUGCAGCUAUGCGCUGCGGCACACCCACUACCAUUGCACCACCUGUGACUGCAGCGUGCUCUCCCGCGCCCAGCUGGCCUCGCACAGGCAUCGGAUCAACCAGCCGGCAGCCGCCAGCCAAUCUGGCUCUGGACUGGAUCUGGGAACGUAGCCUAGAGCUACGUGCCAAACAGCAAUAGAAGCCAUAUAAAUC